CUGGGGUGCCCAGAAUUGGACACAGUACUCCAGGUGAGGCCUCACCAGGGCAGAGUAGAGUAAGGCAUACCUACAGUACAGGUUUUAAGAUCUUACCUCUCAGGAAUUUUACUUGUAUAACUAGAAACUAUAUCAGAGAGAUUCCCAAUACAGUUGCAGAAUACACAUGUUUUUGCACAAUUUCUUUGGGAAUAUAGGUUAUGGGUUGUUUUUUCUGUGUUGCACAAAAAUAACCAGAUCUAAUUUUUUUCUCUCCCAAGAUAUGUACUGUAUUUUUGUAGUUAAUAGUUGUUUAAAUAUUUUCUGUUCUAUAUGUUCAUAUGUAAUUGACUAGAUGUUUUCUAAAUGAAUUUGAUUAUAUUUUAGCCCAACAGCUUCUCUGGGGAUUUUCAGGAAGGCCAUGUACUCAGCUGCAGCUUCUGAACCCAGAAAGAUUUACCCGGCUAAUUAAAGAAGUUAUGAAUAGUGUGUGGCCUGGCAGAGACAUGGUGGUACAGUGGUAUCCAGGUUUGGAAGACAAAAAUCACCCAUCAAUUUCUUGGCUUAAGAUGGUCUGGAAGAACCUAUAUAUGCAUUUUUCUGAUGACUUGAGUGCUUUUGAUGACAUGCCACUUAUCCCUAAGACUCUGCUGGAAGAAAACCAAACAUCGUUAGAACUGAUUAGAUUUAGAAAUCCGUCACCUAUCAUUCUGGAAGAUGAAUCUGAGACUCAGCUCCCAGAUUACAUAGCAGAUAUUAUUGAGAAAGUUGGUGGAGUUGUACUUAAGAAGCUGGACGUUUCAAUCCAACAUCCACUUAUAAAAAAAUAUGUGCAUCCACCAUUACCAAGUGCUGUUUUACAGAUAAUGGAAAAAGUGUCCCUGCAGAAACUAUGCAAUCAAGUUUUGUCAUUACCAUCAACACAUAAGGAUGCUCUUAGGGCAUUCCUAGCUAGUUUGAAUGAUGUAAGUGAAAAAGAAAGAAGAAUUAUUCAGGAAUUGCUGAUAUUUAAAAAAAUGGAGAAAUCAUCUGAUGAUGGUGUUCCUGUUUAUGCUGGGCUAAAUGGUAGUAAGGUAUUACAUCACACUGCCAAAAUUCCACCUGGUCUAAGAUUUUCUGUUCCAAUAAUUGACAGCAGUGAUGAAGCUACUAUUCGCUUAGCUAACCUGCUAAAAAUAGAACAGCUAAAGAGUACAGAUUGCUUGAAGUUUAUUAUACAAGACAUAAGAAGUUAUUUCUAUUCAUCCGAUGAAACAGCAAAGAUAAUGCAGUGGGUUCUUGAAAAUCUGACUUUUCUGAAAAACGAGAAUACAGAUGUGAUAGAUUGGCUGGCAGCAUUGAAGUUUAUUAGAAUUACAGAAGAAAAGAUAAUGACAGCAAAUGAGCUCUUUGAUCCUGAGGUGGAACUGCUGCAAAACUUAUUCUAUUCUGAGGAGGAAAUUUCCUUUCCUCCUGCUAUUUUCACAUCUUCAGAUAUUCUUCAUUCUCUGAGACAAAUAGGCUUAAAAAGUGAAGCCAAUCUUGUGGAAAGUGAUAUUAUGAGAGUAGCAAACAAAAUUGAAGGUUUGCAUACUGACUCUAACACCGAUUGUGAUUUAUUGAUAAAGAAAGCUAGAACUCUCUUGAUGAUUUUGAACAAAAACCAUAUGCUGCUUCAGUCACCUGAAAUAAGAACUGCCCUGAAAAAAAUAAAAUGGAUUCCUGCAUGUAAGGAAAGACCUCCAAAUUAUCCAGGAUCCUUAGUUUGGAAAGGAGAUCAUUGCAAUCUGUGUUUACCACCAGAAAUGUGUGAUAUAUCUCAUGCAAUUUUAGUUGGAUCCUCAGUUCCUCUUGUGGAAAAUGUGCAGUUUGAUAUAGAAAAAGCACUUGGCAUCUCCACAAAGCCCAGCAUAAAAGCGGUCUUAAAACACUUCAAAGUGGUGGUUGAUUGGCACAGUUCUAAAACUUUCAGUGAUGAGGACUAUUAUCAGUUCCAGCAUAUCUUGCUUGAAAUUUAUGGGUUUAUGCAUGAUCAUUUAGAAGAAGGCAAAGAAGCUUUUAAAGCCUUGAAAUUUCCCUGGGUUUGGACAGGUAAAACAUUUUGUUCCCUCACACAAGCAGUAAUAAAAACAGUACCUGACCUUGACCUCCAGCCUUAUCUGCAUUAUGUGCCAAAAACUAUGGCGAAGUUUCACCAGUUGUUUAAAUGUUGUGGUUCAAUUGAACAGUUAACACCAGACCAUGUUUCUAUGGUCAUUCAGAAAAUAUAUCUAAAAAGUGAGCAGUGUCUCUCAGAACAAGAGAGUAAACAGAAUCUUCACAUUAUGUUGAGCAUUAUAAGAUGGCUGUACAGUAAUCAGAUUCCUGCAAGUCUUCAUACACCCAUGCCACUGUAUAGUGGCAAGCUUCCUUAUAAACUUGUGAUGAGGCCAAUUCACGAGUGUUGUUACUGUGAUAUCAAAGUUGAUGACUUAAAUGAUUUGCUUGAAGAUUCUGUUGAACCAAUAAUUUUGGUGCAUGAAGACAUACCAAUGAAAACUGCUGAGUGGCUAAAUGUUCCAUGUCUUAGCACAAGAUUGAUUAAUCCAGAAAAUAUGGGAUUUGAGCAGUCUGGGCAAAGAGAGCCUCUGACUGUAAGAAUUAAAAACAUUCUGGAAGAGUACCCUUCAAUUUCAGACAUCUUUAAAGAACUUCUUCAAAAUGCUGAUGAUGCUAAUGCCACAGAAUGUAAUUUCCUGAUUGACAUGAGGAGAAAUAUGGAUAUAAGAGAAAAUCUGCUGGAUCCAGGAAUGGCAGCAUGUCACGGUCCAGCUUUGUGGUCAUUCAAUAACUCUGAAUUUUCUGACUCUGAUUUUCUAAAUAUAACUCGAUUAGGAGAGUCUUUAAAAAGGAGUGAAGUUGACAAAGUUGGAAAGUUUGGACUGGGUUUCAAUUCUGUUUAUCAUAUCACUGAUGUUCCAAUUAUUUUGAGCCGGGAAUUCAUGAUUAUGUUUGAUCCAAAUGUUAAUCAUAUCAGUAAGCAUAUUAGAGAUAAAUCUAAUCCUGGAAUCAAAAUUAACUGGAGUAAACAACAGAAGAGGCUGCGAAAAUUUCCCAAUCAGUUUAAGCCAUUUAUAGGAGUUUUUGGUUGCCAGCUACCACUGACUGUAGAAUCACCUUACAGCUACAAAGGAACACUUUUCAGACUCUCCUUCAGAACUCAGCAGGAGGCUAAAGUGAGUGAAGUCAGCAAUACAUGUUACAAUACAGCAGACAUUUAUUCUCUUGUGGAUGAGUUUAGCAUUUGUGGUCAUAGGCUGAUAAUAUUUGCUCAGAGUGUAAAUUCAAUGGUUUUGAAGUACUUGAAAAUUGAGGAAGAAGAUCCUGGAGUGGCACAAGAUGUUGUCACUAUCAAAAAAAGAGUUUGUUCUUCCAAAGCCUUGACUGAACCAAAUGUAAGUGUUUUAAAAGAAGCAGCUAAACUAAUGAAGGUCUGCAGCAGCAGUAAUAAAAAGCUUCCCACUGAAACACCGAAGUCCUCCUGUAUCUUACAGAUAGUAGUAGAAGAAUUUCACCAUGUAUUUAGGCGGAUUGCUGAUUUACAGUCUCCCCUUUUCAGGGGUGCAGAAGAUGAUCCGGCUGCUUUCUUUGAAAUGGCUAAAUCAGGACAGAUAAAAAGGUCAGCUGAUGAACUGCCACAGAAGACAGUAGAUUCAACAACAUGGCUUAUAUGUUCUUGCAUGGACACUGGUGAUGCUUUAAAAUUUUCAUUACAUGAAAGUGGACGAAGACUAGGUCUUGUUCCCUGUGGUGGAGUAGCGGUGUUGCUGAAUGAAACCCAGGAUCAAAAGUGGAUUGUGAAACCUAAUUGCAACAGCAUAGGUGAGGUAUUCUGCUACUUACCUCUACGAAUAAAAACAGGCUUACCUCUUCAUAUAAAUGGCUGCUUUGCAGUUACUUCAAACCGGAAAGAGAUCUGGAAAACAGACACAAAAGGGAGAUGGAACACAGUAUUCAUGAGGCAUGUUAUUGUAAAAGCCUACAUAGAAGCGCUUUGUGUUCUCCGUGAUAUGGCAAUCAGUGGUGAGCUUGUUGACUACAGUUACUGUGCAGUAUGGCCAGAUCCUGAUUCAGUUCAUGAUGAUUUUUCUAUUAUCUGUCAAGGGUUCUAUGAAGACAUAGCUCAUAUGAAAAGCAAAGAAGGAAUAAAAGUGUUUUCUGAUGGUAUCUCUUGGGUUUCCAUGAAGAACGUAAGGUUUCUAGAUGACUCAAUUCUGAAACGGCCAGAUAUUGGACCAUCAGCCUUUAAGAUCUUUUUGAAGUACCUUAAAAAAACUGGUUCCAAAAAUCUGUGUGCUGUGGAUCUCCCUUCCUGGGUUAAGACAGGAUUUGAAGAAGCAGGAUGCAAAUAUGUAUUACUGGAGAACACUUUCUCUGAAAAACAGUUUUUUUCUGAGGUGUUUUUCCCUAAUGUUCAAGAGAUUGCUGCAGAGCUGCGUGAUCCUUUGAUGCGUUAUGUUCUUAAUGAAAAACUUGAGGAGUUUUCAGGAAUUCUUCGUGUUACUCCAUGUAUUCCUUGUUCUUUGCAUGGGCAUCCAUUAGUUACACCAUCAAGACUGAUCCAUCCUGAAGGAAGAGUUGCAAAGUUAUAUGAUGCUGAAGAUGGAAGAUUUCCUUAUGGCACCACUCAGGAUUACCUUAAUCCAGUUAUUUUGGUUAAACUUGUUCAGUUAGGAAUGGCUAAAGAUGAUAUUUUAUGGGAAGACCUGAUAGAACGUGCAGAGUCAGUAGCUGAAAUUAACAAGGUAGAUCAUGCAGCAGCUUGUCUCAGAAGCAGUAUAAUAUUGAGUCUUAUUGAUGAGAAACUGAAGUGUAGGGAUCCUAGAGCUAAAGAAUUUGCUGAAAAAUGUCAAACCAUCCCUUUUCUUCCUUUCCUUAGCAAGCCAGCAGGCUUCUCACUGCACUGGAAAGGCAGUGAUUUUCUACCCGAUGCAAUGUUUUCAGCAACUGAUCUUUUCACUGCUGAUCAUCAAGAUAUAGUUUGCCUGAUACAACCAAUUCUUAAUGAAAAUUCCCAUUCCUUUAAAGGUUGUGGUGCUUUGUCAUUAGCUGUAAAAGAAUUUUUGGGUUUGCUAAAGAAACCAGCUGUUAAUUUGGUCAUAAAUCAGUUAGAAGAAGUUGCAAAGUCUUUCGAUGGCAUUACAUUAUAUCAGGAAAAUAUCACCAAUGCUUGCUACAAACACCUACAUGAAGCAAUGUUGCAAAAUGAAUCAACAAAAGCUAUGAUAAUUGAACAACUGACAAAUUGUAGUUUUAUUCUUGUUGAGAAUGUGUAUGUUGAUCCAACAAAAGUGUCUUUUCACUUGAAUUUUGAAGCAGCACCGUAUCUCUAUCAGUUGCCUAAUAAAUACAAAAAUAGUUUUCGUGAGCUAUUUGAAAGCAUGGGUGUCAGGCAGUCUUUCACAGUUGAAGAUUUUGCUCUUGUUCUGGAAUUAAUAAAUCAGGAAAGAGGGACCAAACAACUAACAGAAGAGAAUUUUCAGCUUUGCAGGAGAAUAAUUAGUGAAGGAAUAUGGAGUCUGAUCAGAGAGAAAAAGCAGGAAUUUUGUGUGAAAAAGUAUGGAGAGAUUUUGUUGCCUGAUACUCGUCUUGCACUUCUGCCUGCAAAAUCUUUGUGUUACAAUGACUGUCCAUGGAUUAAAGUUAAAGACACAACAGUUAAGUAUUGUCAUGCUGAUAUUCCUAGGGAGGUUGCAGUAAAGCUAGGAGCAAUACCCAAACGCCAUAAAGCUUUAGAAAGAUACGCGUCCAACAUCUGUUUUACUACCCUAGGAACAGAAUUUGGCCAGAAAGAAAAAUUGACAAGUAGAAUUAAAAGUAUUCUUAAUGCCUACCCUUCAGAAAAAGAAAUGCUGAAAGAGCUCCUUCAGAAUGCAGAUGAUGCAAAAGCUACGGAGAUCUGUUUUGUGUUUGAUCCUAGACAGCAUCCAGCUGAUAGAAUAUUUGAUGAGAAAUGGGCACCACUUCAAGGGCCAGCCCUGUGUGUUUACAACAACCAGCCUUUUACAGAAGAUGAUAUUAGAGGAAUUCAGAACCUUGGAAAAGGUACUAAAGUAGGAAACCCCUGUAAAACCGGACAAUACGGUAUAGGCUUCAAUUCUGUUUAUCACAUUACUGAUUGCCCUUCUUUCAUAUCUGGCAAUGAUAUUCUUUGUAUUUUUGAUCCUCAUGCUAGAUAUGCACCAGGUGCAACAUCAACAAGUCCUGGCCGCAUGUUUAGAGAUUUAGAUGCAGAUUUCAGAACACAGUUCUCGGAUGUCCUGGACCUCUACUUAGGAGAUCACUUUAAACUGGACAAUUGCACAAUGUUUCGGUUUCCUCUUCGAAAUGGAGAAAUGGCAAAAGUAUCGGAAAUUUCCACAGUUCCAUGCUCAGAUAGAAUGGUCCAAAAUCUUCUAGAUAAACUGCGUACAGAUGGAGCAGAACUCUUAAUGUUUUUGAACCAUAUGGAAAAAAUUUCUAUUUGUGAAAUAGAGAAAACAACAGGAGCACUGAAUGUGUUGUAUUCUGUACAAGGAAAAAUCACUGAUGGAGACAGGCUGAAAAGAAAGCAAUUCCAUGCAUCUGUAAUUGACAGUGUGACUAAAAAAAAGCAGUUAAGUGAAAUACCUGUGCAACAGAUUACUUACACAAUGGAUACUGAAGACUCUGAAGGAAAUCUUACAACUUGGUUAAUUUGUAACAGGUCAGGUUUUUCUGCCAUGGAAAAGGUAUCCAAAAGCGUUGUUUCAGCCCACAAGAAUGAGGACAUUACUCUUUUUCCACGUGGUGGGGUAGCAGCUUGCAUUACUCAUAAUUACAAAAAACCCCACAGAGCAUUCUGUUUCCUACCUUUAUCUUUAGAAACUGGGCUACCUUUUCAUGUGAAUGGACACUUUGCUCUGGAUUCUGCAAGAAGAAAUCUGUGGCGUGAUGAUAAUGGAGUUGGAGUAAGAAGUGACUGGAAUAACAGUCUAAUGACAGCACUGAUAGCACCAGCUUAUGUCGAACUGCUGAUUCAACUGAAGAAACGUUAUUUUCCAGGCACUGAUCCUACAGUGUCGGUGCUGCAAAACACGCCAGUUCAUGCUGUGAAAGACACUUUAAAAAAGUUCUUAUCUUUUUUUCCAGUUAAUAGACUUGAUGUUCAGCCAGAUUGGUAUUGUUUAGUGAAAGCAGUUUACAGCUGUAUUUAUGAGGAUUUGAAGCGUCUUUUACCUGUUAUGCGAGCUCCAAACGUUGAUGGUUCUGAUCUGCAUUCUGCUGUUAUCAUCACAUGGGUUAACAUGUCUGCUGUGAAUAAAGGUCGGCCAUUCUUUGACAAUCUGCUACAAGAUGAAUUGCAGCAUCUCAAAAACACAGAAUACAACAUCACAACGCGGAAGUCAGUAGCUGAAAAUGUUUAUAGAUUAAAACAUUUACUCUUAGAAAUAGGUUUUAAUUUGGUGUACAACUGUGAUGAAACUGCAAAUCUUUACCACUGUUUGGUAGAUGCAGAUAUUCCUGUCACCUACGUCACACCUGCUGAUGUCCGAUUAUUUUUGAUGACAUUUUCAUUUCCAGACUCGAAUUGCCACAUUGGAAAGUUACCCUGUCGUCUUCAGCAGACAAAUUUGAAACUCUUCCAUAGCCUCAAACUUCUGGUUGACUAUUGUUUUAAGGAUGCAGAAGAAAAUGAAAUCCAGAUUGAGGGCUUGCCACUUCUUAUUACCCUUGACAAUGUUUUGCAAAUUUUUGAUUCAAAACGACCAAAGUUCUUAACAACAUACCAUGAACUUAUUCCAUCUCGCAAGGAUCUCUUUAUGAACACUUUAUAUUUGAGGUAUAACAAUAUUUUACUUAGCAGUGAUGUAGCAAAAGUCUUUGAUAUUGCAAGUUUUGCUGAGUUGUUAUCUUCUGUGCUGCCCAGAGAAUAUAAAACUAAAAGUUGUAUGAAAUGGAAAGAAAACUUUGCAAGUGAGUCUUGGCUUAAAAAUGCCUGGCAUUUUAUUAGUGAGUCUAUAGCUGUUAAGGAAGAACAAGAGGAUAUCCAAGCAAAAUUUGAUGGUGUUGUUGAAACUUUGAAGGACUGGACUUUGCUUCCAGGUGUAAAGUUUACUGUCUCAGCUAAUCAUCUUGUUGUGCCUGAGUGUGAUGUUCUGCUGCCUCUCAGCAUUAUGCAUAUUGCUGUUUUUCCAAAUGCCCAGAGCGAUAAAGUCUUUCAUGCUUUGAUGAAAACAGGUUGUAUUCAGCUGGCAUUGAACAAAAUAUGCUCCAAAGAUAGUGCUUUAGUGCCUUUGCUUUCAGCUUCCACAGCAAAUAUAGAUAAUCCUUCAAGCAUUCUGAAAGCCAUACAGUAUAUGGUACAAACAUCAUCUUUUAGAACUGAAAAGUUAGCAGAAAGUGACUUUGAGGCUCUCUUAAUGUACUUCAACUGCAAUUUAUGUCAUUUGACAUCUCAAGAUGACAUUAAAAUUUUAAAGUCUCUCCCAUGUUAUAAAUCCAUUAGUGGUCGAUACAUAAGCAUUUCAAAAUAUGGGACGUGUUAUGUACUCACAAAAAGCAUCCCAUCAGUGGAAGUAGACAGAUGGACACAGUCAACGUCAUCAGCUUUUCUUGAAGAGAAAAUACAUUUAAAAGAUUUGUAUACUGUGCUUGGCUGUGUCUCUGUGGAUGAUCUUGAAGUGUACUUGAAACAUCUUCUGCCAAAAAUUGAAAGUUUGUCUUACGAUGCAAAGUUAGAACAUUUGAUCUACUUAAAGAAUAGGCUAACUAGCAUUGAAGAAACAUCAGAAAUGAAAGAACAGCUCUUUGAAAAGCUUGAAAGCAUAUUGAUCAUUCACGAUGCAAGCAAUAGAUUAAAACCUGCAAAAUAUUUUUAUGACAGGACUGUAAAAGUCUUUGAAGUUAUGCUUCCUGAAAAAUUAUUUAUACCUCAAGAUUUUUUUAAGAAACUAGAACAAAUUACAAAACCGAAAAGCCAAGCUGCAUUCCUUCCAUCAUGGGUAACUUUUCUACGGCAUAUUGGACUAAAAUACAUUAUUUCACAGCAACAGUUAAUACAGUUUGCUAAGGAGAUCAGCAUGCGAGCUAAUACAGAAAAUUGGUCUAAAGAAACAUUGCAGAAUGCUGUUGAUGUCCUCCUUCAUCACAUUUUUCAGGAAAGAACUGAUCUUUUGUCAGGAAACUUUCUGAAGGAAUUGUCGUUAAUUCCUUUUCUUUGCCCUGAACGAGCUCCAGCAGAAUUUGUUAGAUUUCAUCCACAGUACCAAGAAGUUAAUGGAACACUCCCUCUUAUACGAUUCAAUGGGGCACAAGUGAAUCCUAAAUUCAAGCAGACUGAUGUAUUACAGUUGCUGUGGACUUCGUGUCCCAUUCUUCCUGAGAAAGCGACACCUUUAAGCAUCAAAGAGCAAGAAGGAAGUACUCUUGAUGUACAGGAACAACUUGAGCAAGUUUUAACUAUGCUGAAUGUUAAUCUAGACCCUCCUCUGGACAAAGUUAUCAAUAACUGCAGGAACAUAUGCAAUAUAACAACUGUGGAUGAAGAAAUGGUGAAAACUCGGGCCAAGAUCCUGAGAAGCAUUUAUGAGUUUCUUAGUACAGAGAAAAGGGAAUUUCGCUUUCAGCUUCGAGGAGUUUCUUUUGUAAUGGUGGAAGAAGGCUGGAAGCUCCUGAAGCCUGAAGAGGUGGUAAUAAACCUUGAGUAUGAAUCUGAUUUUAAACCUUAUCUCUACAAACUUCCUCUAGAACUUGGUACUUUCCAUCAGUUAUUUAAACAUUUGGGUACUGAAGAUGUUAUUUCAACAAAACAGUAUGUUGAAGUUCUAGGACGUAUAUUCAAGAACUCAGAAGGAAAGCAGCUGGAUCCUAAUGAAAUGCGCACAGUAAAAAGAGUAGUUUCUGGCCUGUUCAAAAGUCUUCAGAAUGAUUCUGUCAAGGUUAGGAAUGACCUUGAGAACAUGCGGGAUUUUGCCCUUUACCUUCCCAGUCAAGAUGGUAGGUUAGUUAAGUCAAGUAUCUUAGUUUUUGAUGAUGCACCCCAUUACAAAAGUAGAAUCCAGGGUAACAUUGGUGUACAAAUGCUUGUUGAUCUUAGCCAGUGUUACUUAGGCAAAGACCAUGGUUUUCAUACCAAAUUGAUAAUGCUAUUCCCUCAGAAAUUGAGGCCUCGCUUGCUUAGCAGUAUUCUUGAAGAGCAGUUAGAUGAAGAAUCUCCCAGAACUUGUCAGUUUGGAGCUUUAUGUUCUUUGCAGGGAAGAUUACAAUUACUGUUGUCUUCAGAACAAUUCAUCACAGGGCUUAUUAGGAUUAUGAAGCAUGAAAACGACAAUGCUUUUUUAGCGAAUGAAGAGAAAGCAAUAAGACUUUGCAAAGCUUUACGAGAAGGUUUGAAAGUUUCCUGUUUUGAGAAGUUGCAAACAACAUUACGAGUUAAAGGCUUUGCUCCUAUUCCACACAGUAAAAGUGAAACGUUUGCUUUCCUAAAGAGAUACGGAAACGCGGUAAUAUUGCUUUACAUACAGCACUCUGACAGCAAAGACAUAAAUUUCCUGCUAGCAUUAGCGAUGUCCUUAAAAUCUGCAACUGACAACCUGAUUUCUGAUACCUCAUAUUUAAUUGCCAUGCUGGGUUGUAAUGAUAUUUACCGAAUCAGUGAGAAGCUUGACAGUUUAGGGGUGAAGUAUGACUCAUCUGAGCCAUCAAAACUUGAACUACCAACACCUGGCACUCCUAUACCAGCUGAAAUUCAUUACACACUUCUUAUGGAUCCGAUGAAUGUCUUUUACCCUGGUGAAUAUGUUGGUUACCUUGUUGAUGCUGAAGGUGGUGAUAUCUAUGGAUCGUAUCAACCAACUUACACGUAUGCAAUAAUUGUACAGGAAGUAGAACGAGAAGAUGGUGAAAGUCCCAGUUUUCUAGGAAAGAUUUACCAGAUUGAUAUUGGAUAUAGUGAGUAUAAAAUAGUGAGCUCUCUUGACUUGUACAGAUUUUCAAGACCUGAGGAAAGUUCUCAAGGUAGGGAUAGCACACCCUCUACCCCAACUAGUCCUACAGAAUUUCCAGCUCAUGGACUGAGAACAAUUCCACCUCUCUUCACUGGUAGAGACAGCCACAAAACAACAUCCUCUAAACAUCACUCUCCAAAGAAGCUAAAGCCAAGCUCCUUGCCAGAAAUAUUAAGAGAAGUGACAUCUGUGAUUGAACAGGCUUGGAAGCUUCCAGAAUCUGAAAGAAAGAAGAUUAUUAGAAGACUUUAUCUUAAAUGGCAUCCAGAUAAAAAUGCAGAUAAUCUUGAUAUAGCUAAUGAAGUUUUCAAACAUUUACAGAAUGAGAUUAACAGGCUAGAAAAGCAGGCCUUUAUGGAUCAAAACACAGACAGAGCCUCAAGAAGAACGUUUUCAUCUUCAGCUUCUUCUCGAUUUCAGUCAGAUAAAUUUUCUUUCCAAAGGUUUUAUACUUCGUGGAAUCAAGAAGCAACAAGCCACAAAUCUGAAAGGCAGCAGUAUAAAGAAAAGUGUCCAUCUUCCACGGGACCAUCUUUCUCGCAACGCUUUUUUGUCCCACCCACAUUCAGGUCUGUUGGCAAUCCUGUCGAGGCACGUCGAUGGCUUAGACAGGCCCGAGCUAACUUUUCAGCUGCAAGAAAUGAUCUUCAUAAAAAUGCCAAUGAAUGGGUAUGCUUUAAGUGCUACCUUUCUACUAAGCUAGCCUUGAUUGCUGCUGACUAUGCUGUGAAGGGAAAAUCAGACAAAGAUGUAAAACCAGCAGCCCUUGCACAGAAAAUAGAAGAAUAUAGUCAACAACUUGAAGGGCUUGCGAACGAUGUUCAAACGUUGGAAGCUUAUGGAGUAGAUAGCUUAAAAACUAGAUAUCCUGACUUGCUUCCUUUUCCACAGAUUCCAAAUGAUAGGUUUACUUCAGAAGUUGCUAUGAGAGUGAUGGAAUGUACUGCUUGUAUCAUAAUAAAACUUGAAAACUUUAUACAACAAAAAGUGUAAGAGAUUUGAAGACUAUUGUCAGAGCUUAGGUAUUUUAUGUGGUGAGACACAAAUGUGAUUGAGCGGAUUACCAUGCAUCCAAGGGGUUAAAUAUUGGAAAGCAGUCUAGAAAUAUGAUGCACAAAAGUGGAUGGCAGUGAAAUGUUUAGAAUUUAAAUUUAUUUAAACAAGAUUUUUUUAAACUGAGCCUGCUGUACAAGCAAACUGUAGAUCAUAUUUUUUAAAAUUUCCAAGGAAACAGUGCAAAAAUUAACUGUAUGUACAUUAUUGUGAUUAAUUGGCAUAUUACUGAACUGCACUUUAUAUAACCAAAGCUUAGCUUUCUGUUAGAUGAUUCUGUAAUUGUAACUCCUUAUUAGAUUUUAUUUCAUUUAAUGCUGUGUUUCCAAGAAGGUAAUAUUGUUAUUCAAUGUACUAAGCCUAAGACUGGACGUACUUGGAAAUGUGAGGUGGGAUGAAAGCUAAAAAACUUUGGAGAUAGUGCUCCAAAUCAUUUCUGUUUUCUUUUGUGUUUUGUGGACAUUCAUGUCAGCUAUAGUAAUUCUUUUAUCAGCUGGAUCUGAUUAUAGAUUUGCUGCAAUAUCACCUGGUAAACAUAUAAAGGAUUGUCUAGUACCUGUGAACUGGUACGCUGUUAUAAUCCUGAAUGAUGAUACUUGACAUAACAUGAAACUCCAUGUCAUGCAUUGAUUGCAUUUACUUUAUUGUAAAAUAAUUAUUUAAUUUACAUUUUUUUUUUU